UGAUCAUCUUGGUUACGGACAGUUACAAUCAGGGUGCAGUUGACAGUGACGCGGAUUUCAAGUUACAAUGCAAGACACAAAGAAUCUGCAAGAAUUCAUGGAAUUGGUUGGCCGACUAAAACAUAUGAAAAGAGAAGGAUGGGUGAAACGGAAUAUAACUGAACCUGAGACAAUUGCUGGACAUAUGUAUCGAAUGGCAAUGUUAUCAUUUCUAGUGGAUGGGAAAGAAAAUUUAGAUAAAACCAAAAUAAUGCAAAUGACUUUAAUUCACGAUCUAGCCGAAUGCAUUGUGGGAGAUAUAACACCUUUCUGUGGUAUUUCGCCAGAUGAAAAACACAGGCGAGAAGAUGAAGCUAUGGAAGACAUUUGUAAAUUGCUUGGUGAUAAGGGACCUGAAAUACUACAAAUGUUUCGGGAAUAUGAAAAGCAGGAAUCUCCCGAGGCACAAUAUGUAAAAGACUUGGAUAGACUGGAUUUGUUGAUGCAAGCAUACGAAUAUGAGAAAAGAGAUAAUAUUCCGGGAGAACUAAACGAGUUUUUUGUCGCGAUUAAUGGCAAGAUCAGACAUCCUUUUAUCAAUAAAAUUGCCAUAGACAUAACCGAGGAGAGGGAUAAGUUGUGUCGUAAUUCAAAUGCCGCAAAAUAACAAAAAUUAUAGGUUAUAGUAAGAACGAAAAUGUGGGAAAAUAAAAUUUCUAGAUAGUGAUGAUAUUUUAAGCGUUAGAUCAGUUACCAUGUCGCGUGUGAAAUAUUAAGCAAUUUUAAUGGGUUUAAUUUCAUAUUAAUAUAAAAAAUAACGUAUGAUUUUGAUAUGAAAAAUGUUGACAAGAUUACUUAUUUAAUUCAUUCGAACAUUUAUUGCUUCUGCAAUACAGAUUAUAUAGAUAAAAUUUUAAUAUAUGUGUACUUUGUAUUUUGACAUUGAACUCUGAUGAACUACUAUAGUUAUGCUUUUUUAUUUAAACUAUAGAAUGUAAAGUGUGCAUAUAUAUUUUACAUAUUCCGAUUAUGUUAUUUAUUGCAAUUAAUAUUUAAGUAAAGCGAGUACCAAAUAUUACUUUUUGAACCCUAUGUGAUUUAUGAAGAUAAAAAGUUGUAUUAUUAUAUGAAUAAUCAAAAAAUAUUGAUAUAUUGUUGGUAUGAGUAUAAGAACAAGAUCUGCCUAAAACGGAUUUAAGAGAUCAAAGAGAGAAUAAUCUAAUAUUUAUAAAAUGACAAAAUGUUUUAUAAAUAUGAGCUCUUAACUUAAGAUACUUUAUUUAUAUAUUUUUGGCUCAUCCACCAAUAAAUUAGAUACCAAUCACAGCAAUAAAACAGUGAAAAUAAAACUAG